AUGACAAAUGAAUGGAUCGAUUGGAAUGAUUGUCGCAUGUUGCCGCCACUGCGCUCAGCGAACUACAACAACAACAACAACAACAGCAACAUAAACAGCAAUCAAAGCAACUACAACAACAAUCACCAAACAUUUCUGAGCAAUAAUUAUCAAUGCCUAACCAGUAAAUUUCAUUUAAAAGCCCACAAGUUGCAGCAAUUGCACACGAGCAAUGGCAGACUACGAGAUGUGCCUACAACAUUGCCGCCCCUCACGCCCGGCACCAACCGGAAGGUGAAUGAGGUUCUGAAAGCCUCAUUUGCCUCCUGGGAAAAGGAGGUGCAAAACUGUAAUAUAACCAAAGAUCCCCGCGAAUGGACGGAGGAGCAUGUCAUCUACUGGCUGAACUGGGCCAAAAAUGAGUUCUCCUUGCUCUCCAUGGACCUGGGGCCAUUCUGUAAAAUGACCGGCCGUGAAAUGGUCGAGCUGGGCAAAGAGAAAUUUCUGGCCAUAACCCCGGCAUUCACGGGCGACAUUCUCUGGGAGCACUUGGAUAUACUACAAAAAGAUUGUGAAAAACCAAAUGAGGAUAUUGUGCAUGGGAAUUCCUUUGAAUCGGCCACCACCGCCUCGGUCUGUGGAUCAGACCACCAGGUAGCCAAUUACCCACCAACAACACCGGCCACCACGCCGGUCUCAAACAACAGCAUUGCGAGCCGCCUGUCCAUGGAUUAUGCCACAACAACAGCGAGCAGUGAUAAGAGCUUCCACCCAACGCCUGCCAUGCCACACAGCGGCUACAACAACAACAGCAACGCACACGAUCGCACCAACAGCAGCCCGCCACCGCAGCAAUCGCAACAGCAUGUCAAUGGCAACAGCAACAACACUGGCAGCAACAACAGCAACAACAACAACAUGUUGCCGCCUGGCGUGCAGCAGCAAAAUGCUCCCGAUAACAACAGCAGCAGCGGCAGCAACAAUAACACCAACAACAACGCUAAUGCGGGCAGCAAUAACAACAACAACAACAAUAAUAAUAAUAAUAACAACAACAACAACAACAACAAUAUUAACUACAUGACAGCCAUGGCGGCUAUCUACCAACAUCAGCUAAAAGAGGAGCCGGGCACACAGUCCGCCAAUGGCAGCAACGCCGCCUACGCGUCGAAUGCUCAAAACGAUCCAACAGAUCUCAGCAGCUAUGGACUGCCCGCACAUUUGGCUGCAGCAGCGGCCGCCGGACACUAUAGUGGUGGUGGAGGGGGCAAUCCGGGCGGCGGUGGAGGCGCUUCUGCUGGUGGCGGCGAUGAUAGCGACUAUCACAGCACGCUUUCGGCGCAGGAGCAUCAGAGCCAGGCUUCCAGUGCGGGCAAUGGCAGCGGCAGCACCAACAGCAAUGGCUACAUGGAUUCCAGUCCGGACUUUUACAAUUCGUAUAAUAGACGUUUCCAUGACUCAUUCCCGCCAGAGUUUGCGGCGUACGAUGCGCAGUUCCCAACGAUGGGUGCCCAGCCAAACAUGGAUCAAUGGGGCGCGCAUGCUCAUCAGCAUCCGGCGGCAUAUAUGACCACCUUGGGUCUGGACAAAACGCUGCUGGGCGGCUACACAACGCAGGGUGGAGUGCCCUGCUUUACAGGUUCCGGGCCAAUACAGCUGUGGCAAUUUCUCCUUGAAUUGCUGCUGGACAAGACCUGUCAGAGUUUCAUAUCCUGGACGGGAGAUGGCUGGGAGUUCAAGCUAACCGAUCCCGAUGAGGUGGCGCGUCGCUGGGGCAUACGCAAAAACAAGCCCAAGAUGAACUACGAGAAACUGAGCCGCGGUCUGCGCUAUUACUAUGAUAAGAACAUCAUACACAAGACGGCGGGCAAACGCUAUGUCUAUCGCUUCGUCUGUGAUCUGCAGAAUCUGGUGGGACACACGCCCGAGGAGCUGGUGGCCAAGUUCGACCUGAAGAUCGAGAAGAAGGACGUCGACUAGCAGUCAAGCAGCACAGAAGCUGCUUGAAGUGCGACAGCUAAUAAGAUUUGAUCUGCAGUGCGAUCGAAAGCCCACAAAUUAUAGUACUCAAUGGGAAAAGAUACUUUUGAGAAUUAUUGUUUCCAAGCGUGAUGUUAAAUUUUAAGCAGCAGCAAUACCUGCGAUCUUGCUACGAGAUUAAUGUGUGUGUAUUAGGCCGUCGUAAUCACAUUGUAAUUAUCAUGUAAAAAUAUUAGACUUUUGAAUUAAUUUGAAAUUAAUUGAAAAUACGGUAGCCUUUAGUCUAUUCACUAAGUAGUUGACUAAGGCUUUAAUCUAUAGCAUUGGAAUAUCAAUGAAUCAAGCAAACCAGUUUCAAUAUGCAUUAAUACAGCGCGAUUUGAAUGAAGCUCACGUCCGGAUUAAAUGAAGCGAAUUAAAAUUAAAUUAUCGAACAUUUUUGUGUGCAAUGCGAUUGUUGUCGAAUUAAAGUUCUAUAUGCUACCAAUUGUAACCAUCGUAAAAGAGGCCAUAAGAGAACGAGUGCAUGUCCCCAAAGUGAUAUUAAAAGCUACAUUUUUGUUAAAUUUUUACUUUUCAUUUUGCAAACGGGGUCGCUUUUUUCUAGUUCUAAAGUUGUGUGUGCGUGUACAUAAAUAAUAAUUAAAAAUUAUCAUUAUAAUAUCAAUUAUACUAAGGCUUAUAUAUAAGUCUAUCAUAUUUAUGUGUAACCUGUGCUUCUGGUACAACUAAGUUAUAUAAUUACUUAUAUAUAUAUCUAUAUAUAUAUAUUUACAUAUAUUAAAAGGAUCCUCUAUCCUAUAUAUAUUCACUUUACUGCGCUUCCGGGCGAACCCACAAAACUUUUCAAACGUCAAACGGCACCACAGUUAAGUACGCAUACGGUACAUAUAUACAUAUAUGUAUGUAUGCAUAUGUGUAGAUAUGUUAGUAUGACCAAUAAACUCUACAUAGCAUACUCUUAGUUACUUUUUUUAAUUACUGGCUGCUUAGAGUUUUCCAUGCUUUAAGAAUUGACCAUUCAAAAUAUGUUUAAAGUUGUGUAUAGCUAUAAAAUAUUUAAGCCUAGCUCGUAGCAUGUAGCCACGUAUUAUGUAGAGCAAUUUAUACAAU